AUGAACGUGUUUGACGGAGAGUUUGUGCUAGCGAUCCCCGACGAAGAUACCUACGACAGCAAUGGCAAGAUUCUGAUGCGCGAUAGCUUUCCAUUCUCCGGCCCACUGACUGAAUUACUAACCUCUGGAGACAGGCUGAUUAUCGAUGGCAUACUGAAGAGGGGUAGGAGUAUCCGUCAUCGCGGAGCGGCAUUCGUCUAUGUCCCUAACUCGGGCUGCUGGUGUCAUAGUCGUGGGCCCACAUCAACCAAAUAUAUUAACGAUGUCCUUGGAGACGAGAAUGUCUCCGUAGGCUACCACGGAUCUACACUGCCUUAUCUCAAUAUGCUUGAUCGCUACUCCCUGAACGUCCGGCCUAUACUAAAAAGCAUCUGUAUUUCAGUUUAUCGCCUGAAUUUCGAGAUUCUGGAGGAGAAGACCAUCUUUAGAACCAGCCACGCAAUAGUACCCAUGAGAACAGAUGAUUACGGAGCGGUAGAACUUCUCAUGUCUGCCUUCUGCUUUAUGCCGAUAAACCUGGGAACAUUACCUAAGAAAAUGCCGAAUAUCUCGAUGUCAUCUGCAGAGGAAGUACUCAGCGUUACUAUGGAUAGGCGGUCGAUCGACGUCAAAAUGUGGUGCAUAGGAAAUUCCCUGCAGGAUCCUGUCAUGACUCCACGCCUCUUAUUCUUUUACGGGAUCGGCGGUGAAGGAAAAAGCAUUACGAUAUCGACGAUAACUUCCAAUCUUCCAGGUGUGGUGGGGACUCUCACACGGGAUUACGUUGGCAGAAGCGUAGACAAGAUCGAUGAGGCUGAUAUGGAAAAGAUGAUGGAGAAUAGGUUCGUGUCUUAUGGCGACGUCUCGAUAGGCUACAAGGGAUACAUCAAUGACUCCUUCCUCAAGAUCAUGUCUGGAAACGACUCGGUAUCUACGAAAACGAUGACGGGGAAGCUCCAAUGCGCUGGCCUCUUUGCAAUGAAUGCUCCGUGGAAGGCCUACAAGUCUGUCAUGAUGCCCUGGUUCGCGCGCCGUGCCAUUUGCCUCACAAUAGAUAAACCGUCCAAGGGAGCCAAGCCACCACAGGAAUCGUUUUCGGAGGAGGAGAUACUCACGUUCAUUCACAGGUGCCUACUAGUGCGUAGCUAUCACAAGUAUGUACAUAUCGAUGCAGCGAUCCUCCUACGUACUUUAUUCGGCGCAGACUUAUACCAAUACUGCCGCGGAGUUACAAUCGAUGAGAACACGUCCUACAUGAUGAACCUCGUUGCUACCUAUUCCAUUUCGAACUGCUGUGGACUAGAUAUUAAAUCCCUGCUAUGGCUUACAAGAAGCAUGUGCCCCUCUUUGUUGCGAGACGAGGAAGACAUAUCGGGUAAGCUGAAGAGGAAUGCCGUGAUAACGCCUGUCUAUACUCUGCGUGCAGGAUUAGCAUGGGAAGAAACGUCGGAGAUGACUAGUAUGUUCUGCUUUGAUAACGCCAUCGUCGAGUACCGUGAUAAUAUCGGUAUUCCUGCGCCUUCUGCUAACAGCUUGACCGGCGUGAAGUCCUGCUAUAUGGAAACCUACGCAUCUGUCGGCAUCCCGCUUGCUCGUUACCACUGGCUCCUGGCAAUGCUCAGAUCUACAGGUGUAAACGUAGCCUCGAGUGAGCGCGAUCAAGAAUUCAGUGACUACGUAUGGACGAACGCAAACAUAACCAAGAACUAUCACCCGGUUGCCCUGAUCGAGACAGAGGGCGGGCUGGACAGUUACGGAGAUGCCGACAAGAACCUGAUGCAUAUUAUCCGUCAGGCGAAGUCAAAUGUUAUAGGUGUUGUUGGCGUGGAGAUUACUCUGAAACGUGGAAAGGACUACGCAGCCUCAGGAAUUCGUCGUGUCACGCUAAGCCUAAAGAGUAUGCAGGUCCAUGAUCUAACAACGAUACGUUCGCCUCCCUUGAAUAGGGCCCUUGUCUUCGAGAGCAGUGGGACGAAAGCAUCCAAACGUCUUAUUGAAGCGCUGCAACCCAAGAAUCGUGACAUCAGCUCAGCCCAGGCCCCCAAGAAGUAA